UUUUGAUGAAUAUUAGUUUUUGAUCAACUAUUGUUCUUCCUAUUGUUACCAUUUAGAUGUAUAAUUCAAAAUCACUCUGGGCGUAUAUUUGUGCUCUACAAUCUGAGAUCAGAUAGAGCGCUCUAUCCCAUAUAGAUUUCCAAUAUUUUACCUGCAAUGUUUUCAGAUCAUAUGCCUAUUGUUUUGAAGGUGUUUAGUGAUAAGUUAGAAUUCAAUGAAAAUUUGCUACCGUUAUUACCGAAAUUGACAUGGGGAAAACUAGAUGACAGUGGUUAUGCUGAAAGGCUUGCUGGGGAGAGUUGUAAAAUAGAUUUUCUACCAGGAAACAUAGAUGCAGCAAAUAAUUUAUUGACAAAAUUGAUAGCUGAUUCAGCUAGCGGCUCAAUAUCGCAGAGAGGAAAUAAGAUUGAUGUCAGGAAAAAUGUCUGGUUUGAUAGAGAAUGUGUAAGAUACAGAGAUCGCGUGUUUGCGCUUCUCAAAUUAUUCAGAAGAACGAAUUCCAAGCAAGUGAAGAACGAUUACACGUCAAAGCUAAAGGAAUAUAAGUGGUUAUGUAAGAGAAAGAAAGAAGCUUAUUGGGCCGAAAUUAAGGAAAAACUAAAAACUGUAAGGGAUUCUAAGAAAUUUUGGGAGCUGGCUCGGUUUUUCAGGGAGGGAAAACUUACGCGAAGUGGAAAUAUUAGUCCAGAACAAUGGAUACAGCACUUUAGACAGUUGUAUACACCUGUUAGAAGUAGUGGACAGAUAUCGUGGGUUGAGCCUCUUGUUAUCGACGAUUUAUUAGACAAGCCAAUCGAGGUAACAGAAAUAGAUUCAGCUUUGAAAAAAGCUCGAAACAAUAAAGCAUCAGGUGUUGAUAGAAUAACGGCUGAGUUUUUUAAAAAAGCGCCAAUAGAAUUCCGACAGCUAUUGUGCAUGUUUUUUAACCGUAUAUUUCGUUUUCUUGAUGUACCAAUGUCAUUCACAAAGUCUAUAAUAUUUCCAUUGUAUAAGAAAAAUGAUCCCAAUAAUCCUGAGAACUACAGAGCGAUUUCAUUUACUAAUGCAAUUUACAAAAUAUUUUUAAGUGUCUUGUUGACAAGAUUGGAGAAGUGGAUUUAUGGUCGAGAAGUCAUAAGUGAGAAUCAAGCAGGUUUUCGGAAAGGAUACUCCGCAAUUGAUAACAUUUAUAUUCUUUUCAACGUAAUUAAACAUUCUCUAUCCAAGCGUAAAAGAUUAUACUGUUUCUUCGUCGAUUAUAAAGCUGCGUUCGAUUCAGUAGAGACAAGCACUCUUUUAUAGACUGGCUGAGAUAGGAGUUUCAAAUAAAUUUGUUAAUUCAAUAAGAGCACUAUAUGGGCCGAAUGCAAAAUCAUCAAUAUGGUGCAAGGAGGGGCGUCAAACUGAAGACAUAAGUAUUGAAAGCGGAUUAAGGCAGGGCUGUCUGAUGUCUCCACUUUUGUUCUCCGCAUUUAUUUAUGAUAUUUGCGAUAUUUUGGGAGGGGGAAUCAAGGUAGGAGAUAUGAAAUUGAACGCUCUUCUUUAUGCAGAUGAUCUUGUAAUCAUUUCCGAUAAUGUUACUGAAAUGCAGAGAAUGAUCGAUAGACUACAUACUUAUUGUAAUCGUUGGAAUCUUGUUAUUAAUAUGGAGAAAUCAAAGAUGAUGGUUUUUAGAAAUGGAGGAAAGCUAUGUAAAAGAGAGAAGUGGAAGUAUGGGGGUGAACCUGUAGAAAUUGUGAAGGAGUAUAAGUAUUUAGGUUUAGUUUUUACAUCAACUCUGUCAUUAACGGCUCAUUUCAGGCAGAAAUUAAGUACAGCAAAAUUUGGAAUUCAGAGUUUGUGGAAUAAACUGAUAGCAAAUGACGAUGUGACUGUCUCAACAAAAUGGCAAGUUUUCAAUGUGUCACCUGGUCAUAUGGGACAUAUAUAUGAAUCAUAUAUUUAUCUCAUAUUGAUCAGGAUUUUAGAGUUUUAAUUUAGAAAAGUUUAAUGAACGGUGUUUUUGUCUUUGAACAAUUUUGUUCAAACAGACCCAGUGACGAACUGUCUGAUCAAUGCAAAUUGAAUGGAAUAGAGCUGAAAAUGCACAUUAUCACUCAAUCUACGCUGAGCUCACACUGGAAAAUAAUCAAAUGAAUAAAAGUUACAUGGAUGAUAAGAAUAAGAGACGGUUCAUUAGUAAUAUAUUCAAAGCAAGAGGCUCCUUAUUGCCAUUAAAUUUCAGACCGGGUAGAGAGGGGGCUAAUAUAAUAUGUUCUUUGUGCAAUAGUGGGGAAAGGGGAGAUAUUUAUCAUUUUAUAAGCCGCUGUAAGGUACUGGGAGAGCAAAGGAAAAAUUGGUUACAGCACCAAGUACUAGGAGACAAAGUAGUGCGGAGAUAUCUUAACGGGGAGGACUGGGUGCGGUUGGAGGGGUAUUUAAGAUCAGCGGGAACAUAUAGAAAUUUCCUUAUUAAUGAAUUCAAUUUUUGAACUGUAAAAUAGUUAGUAUUCUUUACCUAGGCUUCUCUGUAAUAUAUUGUUUUUUCUAUUGUUGUUUACCUGAAUCUUAUCUUGUUUAGUAAAUGAGAAUAAACUUUGUUUUUCAAUUAUAGUUCAAUAAUAGUUCAUCUAUGUUGAGGAAGGCUUAUAACUAUUCUUGUAUAGAGUACCGGAAUCAAUGACUAAAAUUUAUCAAACUUUUAUCUUGAUUAGUUAAGGAAAACUAUUAUCUUUAUCCACCAACUCUGGCUGACGGCUUCGGCCAUGCCUAAUGAAUUUUUGUCAACCAUAGAAUGAAUAAUACUGCAUGUUACUUCAUUGGAUAAAAUGUAAAGUGUUUAUUAUUCGAUGUAAUUGUGUAUUUAGGACAAUAAAAUUCUUUUCUAUUCUA